AACAUCGACUGAAGUAUCCGCCGCGAUAUUCUUCACAUUAUAGCUCUUUGUGGGCUGUGGGCGUGGCCUUACACACCGUCAUGAGCGCAGACGUAUUGCAUGCGUUUAUUAAUAUAUCUCGUAAAGAAAAGUAUUGAUGAGCUUGAGAUCUUUUAUCUAUGCACGUGUCUUGGAAAGUGAAUGAAAACAUCUGCGUGCAAGCCGCCCAAAGUGGCUUUUAUCAGAUCAAGUGAUGGAUUGGCGUGAGACAAUGUUUUAGGAGGGACCUGGAGGGCUCCUGUGAGGCGGCCGAUGCCUGGGCUCUAUUGACUCCUUGAAUCUGAACGAUCUAUGGUCAAAAAGGAUGGGGGGGAUGGGGGGCCAGGUGGAGGCCAUUGUGCUGUCCCCCGCCCCUGCCGAGGAGGAGGAGGCAGCGCAGGAGGGGAGGAGGCCGGACCAGGAGCUAUGGCGUCAGGUCAACCACGAAGAAAAAAACCCAGAAAAGCGCCAAGGAUCUGACGUUUUCGUGAGAGAUGAAGAUAAAGGAGAGAAAGGGAAACAACAUGCAGGUAGAGGCGCUGGUAAUAAUGUCAGUGGUAGUGGUGGUGAGUGUGACAGUAAGACUACUGAAACUCAAGCAAGGGAAGAUGAGGACAGCAGAGAGGGAAAACAGAAAGGAACCGAUAGGAAGAAGGCCACGGAAGGAACUGCGAAAGAUGAGAGCUCUGGCCCCAGGAAACGGAAAGAAAGCGGAAGCGGAGACGGCAAACUCUCUGUGGAAAUCAGGAUUCACCCGGCGAGCGGAAAGCGACUGGCCAGCUCCACGAGACAAACUCCAGCCACCCCCAGCAAAGGCACGAGCCCGUCCUCCCGUAGAAAAACGUCUGACGGUGGCCCGAAGCAGCCUAAAAUGAGCGGGGAAAACGACGACAAACUGGCCCCGCCAAAGGGCGGCUCGCAGGAGGGUUCCCCGGACCGUUCCGGCAGGAAGUCUCCUUCCAGCGGGAGGACGUCACCCGGUAAGGGAGGGCGACGAAACUCAGGCGUGGACGACAAGGCCAAGGCCAAACCUUCAGAGGCGGGAGAUCAGGCCGCGGGGCACGACGCCGAGGAGGGCAACAAAAGCAAGACUGGCUCCGGGGGAGGCGGGGAGGUAUCCGCGCCGCCGGCGUCCCAUCCGAGGAAGCCACCCGUGGAGGACCGGGCCCUGCAAGCUAUCCUCGCCGCUCGCAGAAGGAGCCUUGAGAAUGCUGGCAAGGCUGAACCGCGUCGAAACGAAACCGAAGAAGACAUUCAGGCUAAGCUGUCGGAGGAGGCGAAGCGGCAGGAGCCCGCCACAGUGGAGCCGCCGCCCUGGAUGGCCGGCGUGGCGGUGGGUGGCGACCCUCGUCUACUUGUUCAUUCACCUGAGAUAAAUAAUAAAAAAACAACUGUACAAAUAACACGAAACUCAUCUUACAUUAUAUAGCAACAUUUUGAGUAUGAAUAGUUGAUGAAUAUGUAAGGAAGAUCCACAUGCACGUAACAUACAUGUAUAUAUGUAUUUGUCUAAUAAAUCUGCCAAGAUUUAUUAGGGAUGUGCUCAGUGGUGACAACACAACACACCUGCCUGUGUUAAUACUCGCAUGACCGUCUUGUUGAAGGACCUUGAUGUGCUCGCAUGCGGUGUUGCCGCACCGGCUCUCACAAGUCCACACUUCAAGGUAAAAGCACAGAAGCACCAACAGACACACACACACACACACACACACACACACAGACACACAUUUUUGUUUCGUAAGGCCUACAAGACUAUUCCGCACCACGGGUUAUAGUUUUCCUCGUUCUAUGAGAUGUUCCGUAAUUUCCUAGUGAUUAGUAUGCAUCUGAGAAUUUCUCAAAUGGGAGGAGAUAGAUUUGUCCACCCUAGAAGUAACGAUAAUUUGAAAUAGUAUUCUCCUUUAUAAAUUACUUGGAAUAAUACGAAUGUGUAUUUGUUUGUAUUAAGAUUAGAAUAGUAGUAACAAAAUGCUUUCGUAAAAGAAAACUUACAAACACGAAGCGAGGAGUGCCAGGAAGGGAUGGAACUGAGGGUCAAGGCCACGCAGGAAGCUGAGGCUCACCGAUGACGGUGGUUCAGCGAAGAUUGUGAGCCUGGGAUAUAUCUACAGGUGGUUGAUGAGCGUGGCACCUAUGAGUUUUGGAACAGGUAUAUAAGUGGCAUUUGUUGUAAACGCUCCCGGUUGACAAAGGGAUAAAUUUUGUGAUACAUUAACAGAAAAAGAGGAUACGAGGUUAUGAUUAAGUCAGGGUUUUUGAUAGCCGUUUGUGGUCGACGAGGGACAUAACAAAGAGGGUCACACGAAGCACACGGACUGAGAGCCUGAGUAGACGAUGCACUGCACGUAGUUGGUUAACAAGCUAAAGCAUAACUUACAAGCCUAAGCAGGUGAGGCUCGUAAACUAUUAUUGCCAAACAAAUGUAUUGAAGCAAUGUGUUCAGAUAAUCUAAGUACAAUAAUCCUCCACUCAAUCUAAAGGUAUUUAAUGAUGAGGAGCAUCUCUAGCUUAGCAUUACAAACAGUAGACAGAUGAACAGUAAUGUGUCCUAAAAAUGUUUAAUGUCCACGCUAUGCAUGCUGUGUAGCCUCUUGCUGGUGCUGUAAAAAUAACUGAACGGGGAAAACUUGAAAGCAGUGUAUAAUCUAACACCAAAAACUGUAAAAUAUCUCCAAAUAACCCAUUUCGACGGGGUAUUUAGUAAGUGUGAUCUGAGAGCGAUAUGUGAACGCAACUAAAGCUGAGGAUUAUGCCUUAGUAGUGCCUGACUCCUACUGCGCUGAGUAAUACCUAACUCAUGUGUAGAGGAGAAACGAGGGAGGGAAAGAGCAAUAAUAUUUACUGAAAUUUUGAAGAGAGAGGAGGAGGAGGAAGAGCAGGAACAGUGGGGCUAUUAGCAUUUAGAGCCGUAGCAGUUGCAGUAGUAUUGUAUUAGUGGUAUGAGUAUUAGUAUGAGUAGUUUUGCAGCCAUUUCGUUUUUCUUGCUGCCUUUCGUCAUUAUAGAUUUAUACUGA